UUGCACCAGAUGCUUAUUAUUUUUUCUUUGUUAUAUUUGUGGAAUCUAAGUCUCAUGUUCGGUAGACGUUAUAGCUUAUCUAUAUAAUCUAUCAGAUACUUGAGAACAAGAUAUCCGUUUGAUUCCUGAAAGAUAAUAAAGCAUGCACAACCAUGGCAAACUCACUUAUUAUUAUCUUCCUAGUUGUUAAUAAGUAUAAUAAACGACAGACCUCGAAUCGACUGUGCUAACUUGUACUGAAGAUCUAGCUUAAAAGGACUCGAUCAUGGAGUUUUGUGUCUCUUCGCAGCUUGAACGCAUCCUUUCUUUCUUCCUUCUCCUUCUCCUUUUAUCAUUUCUUUCUUCGAUCAGGUUUUACUUGUACAGAUACGGUGUUCCCCGAUGACUGAGAUGGUGGAAACUUGAAGCCAGUUCUUUUCUGUAUAUAUAUAGAUCUGUUAUUUUCUUGUAAUCCCUUCUCUAAAUGGUAGAUCGAUAGAUGUAAUUCUUACAUGAUCAGCAUUUGAUUUAGCCUAAGCCUUAUAUUUAGUGUAGACUUACUACUAAUAAGAUCUUUGAAAAAUUUUCAUGGAUCAUGCUUUUGAAAUUUCAGGGCAACAGAGAAUGAUGGGUGGAAAUGGACAACUUUCAGUUCCUCCAGGUUUCAGAUUCCAUCCAACCGAUGAAGAGCUUUUGUACUAUUAUCUGAAGAAGAAGGUCUCCUAUGAAGCUGUUGACCUUGAUGUUAUAAGGGAGGUGGACCUCAACAAACUUGAGCCUUGGGACCUCAAAGAUAAAUGUAGGAUUGGUUCUAGUCCUCAAAAUGAAUGGUAUUUCUUUAGCCACAAAGACAAGAAAUACCCAACAGGAACUAGAACAAAUCGAGCAACCACUGCUGGUUUUUGGAAAGCAACAGGGAGAGACAAAGCCAUCCAUCUCAGCAACUCUCAGAGGAUUGGCAUGAGGAAAACCCUAGUCUUCUACACAGGACGUGCUCCUCAUGGCCAAAAGACUGAUUGGAUCAUGCAUGAAUAUCGCCUGGAUGAUGACAACUCCGAGGUUCAGCAGGAAGAUGGGUGGGUCGUCUGUAGGGUUUUCAAGAAGAAGAAUCAAAGUAGAGGUUUCUUCCCAGAAGCUGUUCAAGAACACUGGUCUCACAUGAAUGCUAGCUCUUCUUCUGCAUCAAUGGAGCAAAAACAGAAUCACAUGCAAGCACCAUAUGACUAUAGCUUCGAUGGUUCCAUGCAUCUGCCGCAGUUGUUUAGCCCAGAAUCAGCUGUUGCCCCAUCCUUUGUUUCACCUUUUCCUAUGAACUCCAUGGAUAUUGAGUGCUCCCAGAACUUGUUGAAGCUAACAUCAAGUGGUUGCGGAAUUGUGCAACCGGGGGAGAGGUUCAAUAGUGAUUGGUCAUUUCUGGAUAAGCUUCUUGCUUCUCAUCAAAGCCUCGAUCAGCACUCCCAAAGCAGAGGCAAUCCUUCAUCUCUCGUUGUUGAUCAUGUGGGCUGUUCAAGUCAACAGAAGUUCCCAUUUCCAUACCUUGGCUGUGAAAGUGAUAUUUUGAAAUUUUCAAAGCAGAGUUAAUUGGAUUUUCAUUGCCUAGACUUUCUCCAUCACGACAACAUAUUUGUCUUGAAUCCAUGAACGGAGUUAGCAACUUUCCGACCAUGCAUUUUAUAUAUCUUAAGCUUUCUGAGCUGUGGAGUAGACUUUUUAUUAUAUAUAUACAUAUAUAUACUAAUGAUGCAGCUAGGCAUAUACAUUGAGUUGGUGAUUAAAUUAUUUUCUUGC